AGAAUACCGAGCCAUGAGUGGAAGUAUCGAAGAUUUCAUAGACAUGUAUAGAGACCAAAUGCCUAUGAGGUACUCAUACAAAGAUGUCGAGAAAAUGACUAACAAUUUCAAGGAAAAAUUAGGCCAAGGAGGUUUUGGAUCAGUAUACAAAGGAUCUCUCCGCAAUGAUCGAGCUAUUGCAGUUAAGAUUCUUACCUCAACAAAAGGAGACGGCCAAGAUUUCAUCAAUGAAGUAGCUACUAUGGGAAAGAUACAUCAUGUCAAUGUGGUACAACUCAUCGGAUUCGUAGCAGAACGUUGGAACCAAGCUCUUAUUUAUGAACUCAUGCCAAACGGAUCUCUCGAGAAAUAUUUAUUUCCUCAAAAAGGAGGAGAACUUGUUAGCCUCCUCAGCUGGGAAAAAACUUGUGGAAUCGCAUUAGGAAUAGCUCGCGGGAUCGAAUAUUUACACCGAGGAUGUGGUAUGCGAAUAUUGCAUUUUGACAUAAAACCUCAUAAUAUUCUUCUUGACGAGAAUUAUAAUCCGAAAGUUUCAGACUUCGGGUUAGCAAGGUCGUACUCGAUGGAUGCCAGUAUCAUUUCGGUAACACAUGGGGCUAGAGGAACGAUCGGAUACAUGGCCCCAGAAUUAUUCUAUAGAAAUAUCGGAGGGGUCUCCUACAAGUCAGAUGUGUAUAGUUUUGGCAUGUUGUUGAUGGAAAUGGCCGGAAGAAGAAAAAAUUUAAACGCGUUAGAAGAGAAUGCAAGUCGAAUAUAUUUUCCAUUAUGGGUUUACAAACAAUUGAAACAAGGAGAAGAUAUCGAAAUGGAAGAUUGUACUCAAGAGGAAAACGAAAUAGCAAAGAAACUAAUCAUAGUUGCUCUAUGGUGUAUUCAACUGAAGCCUGUCGAUCGUCCCUCCAUGACUAAAGUUGUUGAAAUGUUAGAAGGAGAACUAGGACUACUGCAAAUUCCUGACAAACCGUUUUCCAUUGCAGAUUGUGAUGGAGAUGAAGAUGUCAUGUUGAAUUCACAAGUAUGAACUGAGAAUAGUUGAAGAUUUAUUAACUAAGUGUAAAAUUACAUAGAAAUCUUUGUAUCAAAUAAUACUCUUUAGAAGAUUAAUCCCCAUAAUCCCAAUGUUCCGAACUUGUACUAGCCUAGGCUUCAUG